UUUGAAUGUGAUUUGCUGUCAAACAGACAGUGUAGCGUGUCAAAAGCGUCUGGUUUGGAUACUUGACUUGUGUAAGGAGAUGGAGGAGAAGUGGCUACAGAGAACGCUGCUGCCGGCUGUGUGGCUGUGCAGCGUUCUGGCUGCUCAUCGGGUCAACAGCUGCCCGCAUGCUUGUAGCAAAUGUUUAGGGCAAGAAAAUGACCUUUGCAAAGAGUGCAAGACUGGAUGGGCUCUCUAUAACUUCACAUGUGUAGACAUCGAUGAGUGUGGCACUGAGCUGGAUUCCUGCUCUCCGAACAGUUACUGCUUCAAUAUAGAAGGCUCCUUUGAGUGCAGAGGCUGUGAUGUGGCCUGUGUUGGCUGUAUGGGUGGCGGAUCAGCUCGCUGCAGAAAAUGUGCUCCUGGCUACAGACUGAUGGGCUCAAAGUGUUUAGAUGUAGACGAAUGUGGUGACAGAGUACUUGCCUGUCCUGGCCUGGAUGAGAUCUGUGUCAACACAGAAGGCUCUUUCCGCUGUCAGUGUGCCAAAGGCUUCAUCAGGAAGGACAGUGUUUGUUUGAGGAAGCAACUGCCCAAUGCUCAAGAGAAAGGCCUCUUUGAGGAUCUCCAGGAUGAUGAAGUGGAGGUGCUGCAGCAGAUGUUUUUCGGGGUGCUGCUUUGCGCUUUGGCCACGCUGGCAGCCAAAGGAGAUCUGGUCUACACAUCGAUAUUCAUGGGAGCAGCAGCAGCCAUGGCAGGUUACUGGCUCUCAGACAGGGGUGACCGUGUCUUAAACAACAUCCUGAGAGGGCGCUAACGCCCCCAAAUCGUUACGAAAAGGACACAUUCAGCCUCAGAUAUGAAAACAAAUCCAGUUGGUUGAAAACAACUGCUAUAUUUUCUAAAAAACUUUCAAUGUUUUGAUGAGCCUCAUUAAUCAGAUUAAAAACACCUUUUGUAAACAAGCUUUAAGGAAACGGUUUUAAAUUAUUUCUGGAUUGAUAAUAAUUUCAUUGGUCUAAUGUAUGUACUUAAUCUAUUUGUUGUGUUUCAGUUAGAGAAUGUUUUCAGUCGCAUUGUUUAUUUGAGAUCCACCCCUACAUUAUUGUACACAACUAUUCACAUUAAACAUCAUCCUGCAGGCAGCCA